CUAAUUGCUUGAGUAUCGUCGUUUUUCCCGCAUUGUCCAGACCCAGCAGCAAGAUUCGAACUUCUUUCUCCGGAGCAGAACGUAAUUUUCUAAGCAGAGCUAAUAGUCCCUGCUCAUGGAUAAUUUUCACCCUCAACUCAGCACCAUUCUAUUAACAGUUUUUCUAAUUUCCACAAAAAAUGAAAAUUCCGCAGUGAAAACCGACAGUUUUCUUUUUGAAUGGUAUCAAAACAACUCUUUUCGUUUUUCUCUCUUAAGUUACCGCAAAAUACUCUCUCAAUUUUACGUAGUUUCCGUCUAACAUUCACAUCGUAACAUACACGCGAGAGUUGUCAUAGCAAUAUGAGCCAAACAAAUAUUUUGAAUAAUUUCUUUUGUAAUAAAUUGUAAAUUUGAUAAUUCGAUUGAAUAUUGUGCAACGCGAUUGCAAUUUUUCUUUACUUCCAUCUCUAUCAUCCGGCGGUACCAACUGAAGAAAGUAACUACUGAAAAUGAUUUACUUUUGUGGUUACAAUGGUUUCAAUCAAUUCAAAAAUUGUAACGAACUGAUGGUAGCGAAUAUGACCGAAUGGAAAUUCGAUGAUACUUGUGAUAUCCAGGAAACAACCUCAAUAAAAUUUUGCUCUUCAUGGUCUGUGAAUGUCCUUGCACUGUCAAAUGAACUAUUGUUGUCGGGAUGUUUAAAGGGGAUUUUUGGCUCGAUUCAAAAGUUCACAAUGCCCGAUAAUAUCAAAGCAGUAUCGUGCAAUGACUCGUUUUGCUUGAUUCUUCUCAUUAAUGGAAUUUGUUGCAAGAUUUCAUUCGACACAUUGGAACUGCGCGAACUGAACUUUAUUGGAGUGGAUGAAAGUAUUUCGAGUGAAGAAAAUCUACCCAGCAAGAAACAGAGUACUGAAGUGAUAGAGCACAUUGCUUGCGGAGAUACGCUUAGUGUGGCGAUGACUAGCGCCAACGUGGUCUACAAUAUUCCGACACGAAUCUUUCAAUUUCCGAAACAUGUUAAAGUCAAAAAGUUAUCUUGUGGAGCCGAACACGCUUUGAUUUUGACAACAAAUGGAGAUGUUUAUGCCUGGGGAUCAUCGUCACGUGGCCAGUUGGGUCUCGGUCAACUCGAUAGUGAAGUAGCACCGACUCUUAUUGAUGGACUAGCUGGAGUGAAGAUCACAGACAUAUCAUGUGGUCUCUGGCACAGUGCGGCUGUCUCGGCUUUCGGCGAUUUGUACAUGUGGGGUUGGAAUUUGAACGGACAGUUGGGGAAACCGGUCUACAAAGACGUCACAAUCAAUUACCAAAAUGGUCGAACGGAUAUGAUUCGCCAUAAGGAUGUGUCAGUAUUUGCAUCUCCAGAAAUAGUUGAUCUGCCCAAAGUCACAAAUUCAGAUGAUGAAAACGAUGACAAUGACUAUUCCCUGGACCAUCAACUUUUUGUCGAACGAGUCCAUUGUGGCAGUCGGCAUACGGUUAUCGAAACAGAAUGCAACCAAAUGUUCGGUUGUGGUUUCAAUCGGUAUGGACAGUUGGGUGUAAAUGUUGAACACAAUGUUGACCAAAACAUAGUUCAGUUUGUUGGUAUCAGUCAUAAUGUUGUAAAGCCGUUCGAUGUUAAAUGUGGAAGCUGGUGUACCAUCCUGAUUUCCGGCGAGAGAAAUAAAAUUUGAUUUGCAAAAC